GUUCCAUCAUUCAACGUUUUAUACUCGGUCCACUUUCAGCUUUAAUCAUGUCUCCAACUCUCUCUCGAUCUCUCUCUCUCUCUCUCUGUGCUUUCCUCUUUUCAUUCCCAAUAAGCCUUUCUGAUGGAUGUGCUGCAGCCAUCAUCAUCUCCAGGAGGAGGAGGAGGAGGAGGAGGAGGAGGGGGAGGAGCAAAGCAAAAAGAGGUGGAGCAGCCUGAUGAUGAUCAUCAUCAUCAUCAUCCUCAAGUAAACGCAAAAGCAGGAGGUUGUGGGAGUUUCUUUGGGAAGCAUAGGAUGGCAGCAGCCAUAUCCAAUCUCCAUAGCCAAAUCAACUUCAUCCAGGAAGAGCUGGACAAACUGGACACAAUAGGUGAAUCUUCCCUUGUAUGCAAAGAGCUGAUGUCAAGCCUCGACUGCGUCCGCGAUCCGCUGCUUCCGUCGACAAAGGGCCCAGAGGAUGGGAGCUGGGAUCGUUGGUUCCGGGGAGCCCACAACUCAAGAAAUCACAAACGUUGGAUGUAAAAGGCAUUGAAGAUGGGGAAGAGAGAAAGAGAGACAGAGAGAGAGAGAGGGUCAAUUUUGUCGGUUUCAUCUUUUUUCUUUGAUUGGGAGAGGAGGUAGGUUAAGAUGUUGGGUGCAUGUUCUUUCUUUAGCCAUGAUUGUUUCCUGUUGCGAUGCUUGCUUGGACAUGCUUAUCCAAAUGCUACAAAAAUGAUUAGAUAUUGGAUGGA